CAUGCUAUGUAAGACAACCAACUAUGAGCUUUUUCUAUUCUAGUCACAAAGUCGUCGACGUUCUCGACAAAUAAACAAAGCUGUGAAAAACAGAUCAGGGCAACCUGACACUCCCUUCCAGAGACUGGGGCGACAUCCCAUGACCGCACCCAGUAACAGCUCGUCGUUUUUUGGCUACGAUGGCGAUUCUGAUGAAGAAACCUGGGGGCGAGGGGGGCUCAUGUCUAGAGUGGGUUCCAGUCGCGCUCGUGUGUCGGAUUCGGGUGCAUCGUACAUGUCUGAAUUGGCACGUGGAGGGCACGUGACAGACUCGCAAUCCUCCAUGUUUCGCAAGUACAGUAGGACAGCGGGUAGUGCUGGUGCCCGAAAGGAUGUGUCUUUCUCGAAUUUAGAGGACCAGUUGUCUUACGGUUUCCUUGGUAACGAUGAAAGUAUUUGUGACUUAGAAGACGGUCAAUCCUUUGCCAGGCCUAACAGAGCACGCCGCCAAAGUAAACUGAAAGAAAAGGGAGACGGAGUCAAGAGGCCUGGGAAGUACUACCACAGCAAAGUGAUUGACGACAUGGGUCAAGCGACGGCAUCAUUUGCUGACACUAACAUGACGUAUGGGUCGAAACAGAGGCUGAGCCAAGCGCGUGUCUCUUUGAUUGAUGCUAAUAUUCCUUCACCCUGUGACUCAACACUUGUGAUAAAGCGAUCUGUAGUUGUUCGUCCUGCUUCUGUAAAGGAAUCUUCGCAGAAAAAGAAAGAAGAAACAGAAAAAGAGUUCUUGCAAACAGAGUUUCUUCACAAAGUCGUCGACGUUCUCGACAAAUAA